CCCGCCUGCUUCCUGCCGGGAGGAGCUAGGCCUCCCAGUGAAGAUGCUCCCUGCUUCCCAGCCCUGGAGUUGGGACCUAAGCUGACUUCCCAGGGGCCCUGGUCCCACCUUCCCACAUCCUCUGUGGCGUGGGAUGUCUGGGUGUCCGAGGCUGGUGUGGGGGCAGGAUGGGGCCUGGUGGUGGCACUUUGGAGAGCCGUCUUCUCAUGUGUCACAUGGUGGCCCUGGGCCUGGGCUGAGUAUGCAUGCGGUGCUCAACACAUACCCAUGGAUGUUGUUGCAGUUUAUUAAGGACCCAAGGACUGGGGCGAUGCAUUUCACCCAGCACAGAGUGCUCUUUCCUUUCCGAUAGCUCAGGUGGCAUGGGUGGCCAAGGAGGCACCGGUUGGGUAAUGUGUUCCUAGAGGUGGGAGCUUCACAGCGGCCAUGGCUGCAGCCAUGAGAAUGCCCUGAAAUUUCCCUGUGGGGCUGGGUGGGGGCCAGUCUCUGCCUCUGGUCCCGAGGCUCAGGCAGCAGGAGUACUUACUGCUGGGGGUGGGUGCCAGGUCAGGACCCUUGCCAGCAGUGCUCAGCCUCCUGCUCUGCUUCUCCCCAGGCCCCCGGCAUCUCCAAAGCAGACAAUCAGUCCCAGGGACUCACGACCAGCAUCCGGUGGGGACAGACGCCCAUCAAUCAGUCCACACCUUGGGACACCGACGAGCCACCCUCCAAGCAGAUGAGGGAGAGCGACAAUCCAGGCACAGGGCCAUGGGGGACCACCGUGGCCGCCGGGAGCCAGCCUGCCCUGAUCGCACACUCCUAUGGAGUGGCCCAGCCGCCCACCUUCAGCCCGGCUGUCAACGUCCAGGCCCCGGUCAUUGGGGUGACCCCCUCACUGCCUCCCCACGUGGGGCCCCAGCUCCCGCUGAUGCCAGGCCACUACUCGCUCCCACAGCCGCCCUCUCAGCCACUGAGCAGCGUGGUGGUCAACAUGCCUGCCCAGGCCCUGUAUGCCAGCCCGCAGCCCCUGGCUGUCUCCACACUGCCCGGUGUAGGGCAGGUGGCCCGCCCCGGACCCACCGCCGUGGGCAACGGCCACAUGGCAGGGCCCCUGCUGCCUCCACCACCGCCGGCCCAGCCGUCUGCCACCCUCCCCAGCGGUGCCCCGGCCACCAACGGGCCCCCCACGUCAGACUCGGCCCACGGGCUACAGAUGCUACGGACCAUUGGCGUGGGGAAGUAUGAGUUCACCGACCCCGGGCACCCCAAGGAAAUGUUGAAGGAAUUGAACCAGCAGCGCAGAGCGAAAGCGUUUACAGACCUGAAAAUUGUUGUUGAAGGCAGAGAGUUUGAAGUCCACCAAAAUGUUCUAGCUUCCUGCAGCUUGUAUUUCAAGGACCUGAUUCAAAGGUCGGUGCAAGACGGCAGCCAGUGUGGCCGGGAGAAGCUGGAGCUCGUCCUGUCCAACCUGCAGGCCGACGUCCUCGAGCUGCUGCUGGAGUUUGUCUACACGGGCUCGCUGGUCAUCGACUCGGCCAACGCCAAGACUCUGCUGGAGGCGGCCAGCAAGUUCCAGUUCCACACCUUCUGCAAAGUCUGCGUGUCCUUUCUCGAGAAGCAGCUGACGGCCAGCAACUGCCUGGGGGUGCUGGCCAUGGCCGAGGCCAUGCAGUGCAGCGAGCUCUACCACAUGGCCAAGGCCUUCGCACUGCAGAUCUUCCCCGAGGUGGCGGCCCAGGAGGAGAUUCUCAGCAUCUCCAAGGAUGACUUCAUCGCCUACAUCUCCAACGACAGCCUCAACACCAAGGCCGAGGAGCUAGUGUAUGAGACCGUCAUCAAGUGGAUCAAGAAGGAUCCUGGGUCCCGUGCGCAGUAUGCGGCGGAGCUCCUGGCCGUGGUCCGCCUCCCCUUCAUCCACCCCAGCUACCUGCUCAACGUGGUUGACAACGAGGAGCUGAUCAAGUCGUCGGAAGCGUGUCGGGACCUGGUCAAUGAGGCCAAACGCUACCACAUGCUGCCCCACGCCCGCCAGGAGAUGCAGACGCCCCGAACGAGGCCACGCCUCUCAGCAGGUGUGGCCGAGGUCAUCGUCUUGGUUGGGGGCCGUCAGAUGGUGGGGAUGACCCAGCGCUCGCUGGUGGCCGUCACCUGCUGGAACCCGCAGAACAACAAGUGGUACCCCCUCGCCUCCCUGCCUUUCUACGACCGCGAGUUCUUCAGCGUAGUGAGUGCCGGCGACAACAUCUACCUCUCAGGUGGGAUGGAAUCAGGGGUGACGCUGGCCGAUGUCUGGUGCUACAUGUCCCUGCUCGAUAACUGGAACCUCGUCUCCAGAAUGACGGUCCCCCGCUGUCGGCACAAUAGCCUUGUCUACGAUGGGAAGAUUUACACCCUCGGGGGACUGGGCGUGGCGGGCAACGUGGACCACGUGGAGAGGUACGACACCAUCACCAACCAGUGGGAGGCGGUGGCCCCUCUGCCCAAGGCAGUGCACUCCGCUGCAGCCACGGUGUGUGGCGGCAAGAUCUACGUGUUCGGGGGAGUGAAUGAGGCGGGCCGGGCCGCAGGCGUCCUCCAGUCUUAUGUGCCACAGACCAACACCUGGAGCUUCAUCGAGUCCCCGAUGAUUGACAACAAGUACGCUCCUGCCGUCACCCUCAACGGCUUCGUUUUCAUCCUGGGCGGGGCUUAUGCCAGAGCCACCACCAUCUACGACCCUGACAAAGGGAACAUUAAGGCAGGCCCCAACAUGAACCACUCUCGCCAGUUCUGCAGCGCUGUGGUGCUGGACGGCAAGAUCUACGCCACCGGAGGCAUCGUGAGCAGCGAGGGGCCCGCCCUGGGCAACAUGGAAGCCUACGAGCCUGCCACCAACACGUGGACCCUCCUCCCCACAUGCCCUGCCCCGUGUUCAGACACGGCUGCGUGGUGAUAAAGAAAUACAUUCAAAGCGGCUGACGGCGGCGGCAGGAAGCCCAUGAUGAGACUGUGGACCCGUCUGGUGAGGCAAAUGCUGCUCACAGAGAUCAAUUUCAGCAGCACCGACCGACGAGGGGCUGACCGACACCGUCGAGGAACUCACUGCGCUAAACAUUUUGAAUCCACUCUCCCCUGAAUGUAGGAGAAUCAUCCUCGCCUUUGGGGGAAGUGAGGGAGACGCCUCCAAGCAGCGGGAACCAGGACCAUCCCAGCAAGCGGGCGAGCCAGGCAGGCCGGCUGGGCCUGGGGCUCCUGCAGAGGCACUUGCUCUGAGUGGAGGCGCUCACUCUGCCCAGUGCAAUAGAGUUUCACAUAUUUUUCAACUGGGAGAGAGAAGCUGUUUUUUUCCUUCCUGCAGAGCAAGCUUGAUCCCCAGCCAACCAUAGAUCAGUUAUCCUAUGACAAUAUUAGGCAUCAGGCUCUCUUGGAUUAAGAUCAAAGUGUCCUUAUCACUUUGAUUCCUACUUUUGUUUUUAACCAACCUACACUUUCAAUGGCCGAGGGAAAACAGGGGACACUACUACGGGGCACAGGGCCUGGGAGGCUGCUGGUCCCCACUGGGUCGAAGACAAGUCCAGCCACCGUGUGGAGCCAGAAGUGACUGGAGCAGCGGUGCGGGGACGGGGUGGGGGGCGGCCGCGGGGACAGCUGGGGGGAGCCGUCUGUCCCUUUGCAGGGUUUUCCACCAUGUAUUUGCCGGAGGAGGUCAAGGUGAUUGUGCUAGCUUUCUCUUAUCCGAUAUGAAUUAUUUAGAUUUUCAAGGCAUUUUCUUGAUAAACAAAAGGCUAUUUUUAAGUACCGAGAGGAGGCGGCGGCCGCAAGAGGGUUAGUGCGGGAAUUCCCAAAGCUCUUUGUUGGUAGUGCCAGAGUGGGGCAUUUGCCCUCGUUUUUCUAUGUGCAGAAUAGAGGCUCUCUCCUGGGGUGGGGUGGGGGGGGUGAACGCCCCCGUUUUAUUUUUCGAAAAAGUAACUCCCAGACAGCCCCCUAAAAGCUGUGCCUCGUGGAGGCCGUGUCAGAGAAAGAUGACUCUGUUCCAGAAGGAAACCAGCUCUGGCUCCUGGCCACCGGGCAGCUCCCUCCAUGAGGUAAAGCUGAGGACCCAGGCCGGGCUGGAAGGGAAGGAGGGAGAAUACACGUCCCCAAAGCACAGGAGACUAUUUUUGAUAUUUAUAGCUAUAUAUUCAGGCACCUGCCGCAAGAGCUCUCAGGAUGGGGACAGCCUUCUUAGAUGAGCCAUGACAGCCAAGGCCUGGGGGGUAAGGACAGCAUCACGCCUCCAGUGGCGUAUUAACCCCAGAGAAGGGGAGGCAGGAGGGAGGUAGACACCGUGGCUCAGAGAGAAAGGCCUUCCCGCUAGUCCUCAGACCCUCAAACCUCACGCGGUGACCAGUUUCCAUUCCGGGGCCCGAGGAACGCGGCCGCCGCUGCUGCGCUGUUUAGUUGAAGUUGGUACCAAAUACGCAUUGACCAUUUUUCUAUCUGGGAAGUCAACUUGCCGCCAUGACAUGAUUAAAAGAAAAAAAAAAAAAAAAGAAAGAAAACACCAUUUGUAAGGAGA